ACUCGUUAGCAUGUCGUCACUCGUUGUCAGCAGGUCAGCUUGGUUCCGCAGGGUCACAGCGCCGUCAAAUUGGAGCAACUUUGUAACGUUACAGAAAUAUAAUGUGAUUAAUUGUGUUAAUUUUCAUCUAAUAAUUGUAAGACUAUUACACAAACUAAUUAUUAAUGCGUGCUUUUAUAUUUGCGGAUACACACCCCGAGGAGCCCGGUAUAUGCACAUUUAAGAAUCGUUUAAAUGUAGAAACGAACGUUUACUUAGCUACAUAAAGAAACAAUGAACCUCGUUCUACAGUCGGAAUUUACUCAGUGUACGCCGAAUUUAUCUAAAGAACAAGUGUAAUUUCCUAGGUAACGUUACGUGAUUAUGCAUUAUUCUAUAGGCGAAGCAAAGCAAUAACGUUACAGUCCCACUGUCGGACAUUUGGAUGGAGUUUGUUAUAUCGCUCUUCGAUACAGCUGAUUUGUGCAAUGUGAACAUUCAUCAAAUCAGUUUUGGCCGCUCUAAGCACCGGUAUGGUGGGUAAGAUGUGCUGUUAACACUCCGGUACACUAGGUGGCGGUAGGCACCUUCAAACAGUUUGGAAUCCGCCAUUCAAACCCAAAUAUUUAACCAAGGAAGAAGAAGAAGAAGAAGAAAGGACAGGCGUCAGUCCCAUGCGUCCGUCGGGCUGUGCGAAUAAACAACACUGGACAAGAAAUCCCAACAUCUGCAGGAGAAGUUCCAGGGAGUUCAGUAGCCUCACACUGACCGCAUCAUGGAGGAGGAAGGGCCCCCUGCAGAAGGCGCGGCGGAGACCCCCUUUAGCGCAGAGACCUACGCCGCCGAGGCCAUGGCUGCAGACAUGGACCCCUGGAUUGUGUUUGACUCGAGAAGAACUCCCAGAUCCGAGUUUGAUGCCUGGCUGGAGAGCAACUGGCCCUCACGAGUGAACCGAUUUGGCGAUGAGGAAAACGGCGUCAGCCCCGUGGGCUGGAUCGCCGUGCUGGGCCUGAACCACUGCCCCAGCACCGGGGAUGUCACGGGUCUCCAGGAGAGCUGGGAGAAACUGUUAGCCAGCGGCCGGCCCGUCAGCUUCCAGACAGUAAAGGAGCUGGCCCUGAACCACGGAGUGCUCACGGGCAAAUGGCUGAUGCACUUGGACUCCGGUUUCAAGUUGGACCGCGCCUGGGAGUGUGUUGCCAGAGCAGCCCUGGACGGCAAGAUCUCCCUCGUUAAAGUCAGUCCCCAUAAUCCAAAGGGAGAGGGCAAGCAGGUCAUCUGCGCCUACAACCAGAACUUCACCGACGAGAGCGAGGUUCUGAGGCUGGACUCAAUCAUCCGUGCCACAGGGGUCAAGUGCCCUCUCACCUACAAGCCCGACGUGUACACAUACCUGGGAAUCUACCGAAACAACCGCUGGAAACUUGGUCCAACCAUAUAUGAGAGCAAAUUCGACCUGGAGUCUGUGCCCCGGCGUUCCCACAUCAUCAACAAAGUCACCAAUCUUGAAGUAACUUAAGCCUGGCAGAACUAGAGGCUAGUUUUGCAGAACGGGUAAAUGAAGAGGCACUUUGGUGCGGUGAUCCCUUGAGCCAUGACAAGUACAAGACUAUAAAAUGGUUUCAAAAGGUUAAGUGGUUGAAAUUUGACUUCAAAGUUCUUCCCUUUGGCAUAAAAGCACAAAAUGUCAUUUGAGUUUUGUAUUCUCAUGCUGUAAUAUUUCCUUUUUUUAUUAAUUAUAAUGCAUUCAUAAGAAUAUAUGUAUUCUUGAUGUUCUGUUCCUGAUGGUGGCUGAAGAAAUCCUUGAUUUGUACGCACAAAAGAAAAUUUGCAUCCAACAAAGAAUUUCGUGUUUGCAAUAUACAUUUGUUCAGCUUCAUUUUAUUUUUAUUUUUUUGUGGUUUGUACUGAACCAAGCUAAGAGUUGUCAAAUAAAAAUCAACUUUUGAAGACCCAACUUAA